UAUUUUCUGUCAGAUUUUUUUUGAUAGGUUGGCGUAUUCUUACCGAAACUAAUUAGAUAGAAAGUACUGUUACUAUGGAUACUAUAAUGUUACUAUGGAUACUAUGCCCGUCAAGGAAGUUGUUGAUUAAAUGUAAUAGGCGUCCAAUUUUAAUUCAACUAUACGUCCAAUUUUCUCCAUGACCUUGCGUUUGUUUUGUUUUUGUUUUGUUUUAUUCUUAAAAUAAAAGAAGAAUCGUUUGUUUUUGCGCCUAUACUUCUGUUCUUUAAUUAUCAUUGUUAUUAUUGUUUUAAUUUAUUUUAUUAAUUUAUAUCUUUUGUUAAAUUUUAUUUCAUUUUUGGUGUUUUUAACUACACAGUCUAUUUCUUUCAAAACAUAUUUCAAUAGAAAUAUGUUUUGCGCAAAAAAGGUAAAAGUAUUCUAAAAGAAAAAUCGAAGUUGGAAAGAUUAAAGAUAAUAUUUGUAAAAAAAGAAGAUGGACUUAAGACCUCAAUUUAGCAAAACGUUUAGGAAACCUGAUAUACUAUGGACGACAGAUGAGAAAUAGUACAGACUUGAUAAAAAAGGAGUUAUGCUCAGCUGUGAUGAUUUCGCGUUGAGCCAGUUUAUUAUAGUCAUUUUACUGAAGAACUGGAGUCAACAAACAUAUGCUUCACAUGGUAGCUUUUCAACUUCAAGCCGUGACUUUUAUACAGCAGAAAACAUGCUAGAUAUAUGUUCCAUCCAUUCGGGAUCACUGUUUGAAAUUGCUAAAUGUUAUUGUGAUUCUGUAAGUAGGAAUCAAACAUUGUCCUCGCAAAGUCUGAAUCAAAGAUUGCAGCCCAAUACGAAAAGGUUGUUAGUGUCCAUGAUACGGACGGAAACUAUUUUGCCGCAUCGCACUGAUAAGAAACAAACAUUUAAAAUCCAAGGAGCUUUGAUGAAUCAGUUCAAACGACACCACUCACUGCUUAUCACUUACAAAAAGCAUAAGAAUCAUGCAGAGUCGAUCAACAACAUUCCCUCUCCAACAUGGUCGCAUACCCUCUAUCUACCUGAACGUUUUGGCAUUGCAUUUGUGAAAACGCAACUCUUGUACCUCCUCUCCACUGACAUUCGUGUCGUAUCGCUGAUCUGCUCUGUUGAUUGUACUUUCUUAGUCUUAAAAGCUGCCGCAGAAGUAGGUUUUCUUGCUUCUAAAUACAUGUGGCUUGUAGACUAUGUGGAAAUUGAUUACCUUUUGGGUAAGUUACCAGGACAUGUUAUUUUCAUUUCAAAUAGAAACAAAGAAAAUAACUACGCUGCAAAACGGAAUGACUUAUUACACUGCAGAAAUUUGGACGGAAAUUAUUCUACCCUUCGAUAUAAUUCCAGUCACAGUAUGUUGAUGGAUAUUGGUGGGCGAUGGAUAUACAAGCGAAUAGACAACAAAUUAGAAAUUAUCGCCACUUAUCAUGAAGACAUAAUAAAGUUUAACUCUGAAGGAAAAAAGAUGAAAAGUCAAUUCCUAAGAAUAGAUGAACUGCUUCGGCGUAAUAUCAGGGUAGUGACAGUGAUUGAUGGUCCUUUUACACUCCUCCAUGAGGACUCACAUGAUAUCAUAGAUUUUGAUGAGAUGAAAUGCAGUUCUGGCAAAUUAUGUUGGCGAAACGAAUCACGGAACAAUACAACAGCACGUGUGCCAUACUGUUGUUAUGGAUAUUGCAUUGACCUUAUUCAGCACUUGGAAGAUGAUUUGAGUUUGAUACCCGAUAUAUACAUCGUGGAAGAUUCUACCUAUGGUCAAAUUGUGAAUGGGUCAUGGGUAGGCAUGGUGGGUGAUAUUGUUAGAGGAAAAGCUGAUUUAAUUUUAGCAAGCUUAUCCAUGAACACAAAAAGAGGGGAAUAUAUUGAUUUCUCACACCCAUACUUAACGGGGGGUGUUGCGUUCAUUGUUAUGGAGAAGCGCAGCAGCAUUGCUUUCUUUAACUUUGACUCUUUUGCUCCUUUAUCGAAUUUAUUAUGGGUAAUCACAUUCGUUGUUGCAUUUUUGGCUAGCUUUGUUUUGGUUGCCAUCGAAAGGAAAGGUUACACUCUUAAAAAAACCGUGUAUCCGUGGUCUGAAAGCAUAACCUAUCUAGCUGGAUUGGUAUUCCAAAAAGACAUUGCAGGUGCAAAUCCUAAACGUUUGACGACUAGAAUUCUUUCGAUUUUGUUGGCAAUAUCAAUGAUGAUUAUAAUGUCCGCUUACACAGCAGUUUUAACUGCAAAUAAAGUCACUUAUGAAAGUAAGCUACCUAUUACAGGGAUACACGACAAAAAGGUUACUAAUCCAUCACACAAGUUCAAAUUUGGAACGUUAAAGAACUCAUUAUAUUCACAAAUGUUCGUUGAUAGUACAGAUCCCACAUGGAGUCGGAUCGGAGCCUUUAUGAAACACUAUAACUACAUUGAUUCCGAAGCAGCAUUUGCCAAGCUUAGAUCAGGGGAACUGGACGCUAUUUUUCAUUCAAUAUAUGGUUCUUUGCAUUACAUGAGCGAGGAUUGCAGGUUAAAAGUUGCAGGUGAAAUCAUCCCUGAAUCUGGUUUUAGCCUCGGUGUACAAAAAAAUUCACAUUUGACUAAUAUUAUCUCGGAAACCAUCCAAAGGUAUAACGACGAUGGAAUAUUGAAAAAAAUUAAUGAGAAAUGGUUUCCCGACAAGUGUACUGACGUGUUAUACGGAAAAAAUGACAAUGUUGUUGAGUUUAGUAUUAAUUACUUUGGAGGAUUGUUUUUGGUUUUGAUGUUUUGGUUUGUGUUAUCGUGCAUCGUGUUUCUGUUGGAGAUGGCUGUCAUGAAAUAUAAAUCGCAUUGAAAAAAUGUUUUUUAAAUGAAUAGUGAUUUUUAUUUCAGUGUCGGUAUUCUUAACUUGUUGACAAAUAAUAACCUCGUAUAUUCUUAAUACAUUCUCAGUAUGACUA